AUGGACGAGCUUAAGGACCAGCACAACCCCAACGCGACAAAUGGGUUCAUGCAAGACACGCCGCCACGAGCCGACGUCGACGAGAUCCUGAGACGCAAGCGGAAAGCGCGAGAGUACAAGGCCUGCUACCCGUGUCGCCAGCGCAAGGUCAAAUGCGACCAGAACGUCCCGUGCAAGACAUGCGUCGUCCGCGAACACCCCGAGCUGUGUACCUACCACCCGCCCAGCGAGUCGCAUCCGCCUGCGAAACGAAUAAACCUCGGGCUCGGCCAGAACAACGGCCAUGACUUUUCGAAUGGCAUCGUCCACAUCCAUGGCGGCACCGUCACCCUGCCCCGGGAGGACUGGGAACGCAUCUGCGGCAAGCUGCAACAGGCGGAAAAGUCGCUCAGUGACUUGAAGAACGCCGUCGGCAGCGUCGCAGAGAUACCGCCCCCGAUCAACGGCUUCUCUCCUGCCGACGCAUCUGAAAACACGCCUCUGGCAGCAGCAGCGCCCAUGGACGGCGAGCAGAGCCACGUCCGGACCCAAGGCAUACACACGCGCAACGACAUCACCGGCCAGACAAUACACAUCGGUCCCAGCUCAGUACCAGCGCUCGUCAUGGCAUUAGGGAGGGGAGAUACACAGUGGGCACCGGGCGUGCAAGAUCUCCUGGGCAAGAAGAGCAUGCUACCAAUUUUUGGCCUGGACAACGAGAGCGCUACAUAUCCCUUUGUCGAUCUUUGGGGACUGCCGCAUGGAUCCAUAGCGCGCGCUCAAGAGCUUGCCAAUGCGUUACCGAGUGAUUCCGAAUGCCUCAGUUUCUUUCGAAGCUAUCGCGAGACCGCACAUGCCGUAUACCCCGCCGUUGCCGACAUCGAGGCCAUCGAAUCCGAUCUUCUGCUCUUCUUGAUCAACCGCGCAAGUGCACAAGGCACCAACGGCAUCACAGAUCAGCAGAUAUAUGGCAAAGACUUCCAUUGGAUAGGCAUGGUCUUUGCCAUACUGGCUUCCGGUUGUCAAUGUUCGAGUCUGUCGCGAAGGGAGAGGGAGCUUACAUCGCAGGUUUACGUCUGUUGCAGCUUCGAAUGUUUACGAUUUACAAACUUUCUAUCGCAUGCGACUAUCGAGAACAUACAGACUCUUUUGAUCCUCGGAAACGUCAUCUCGAAUAACAUGAAUGCUGGAGUCGCUUGGAGUUUGAUGGGUUUGACAGUACGCCUUUCGCAGACACUAGGACUACACCGACAAUGUCCCCCUUCCACCCCAGUGCAGCAGAGGGUCAUUCGAAGCAAGACAUGGUGGGCGCUUCUUUGGCAGGACUCGCUGCUGUCUGUCUCGUACGACAGAGCCUCGUCGACGACCACCAUUGAUCAUACUGUACCCAUGAGCCAGCACACAGCGCCGGGAACAAGGACAUAUGUCGAGAGCAUGUACAGACUUUGUAAAGUAGGGCUGGAUAUAGUGCGUGAGCGCCAGAGGCCACAGAAUUCGCAUGACGCCCUGAUACGCAUCACUGAGCAUCGCAACGAACUCCAAGAAAUUAUGAUAGAUGCUGCAGACUAUCUCAAAGACUCUAGGAGAUGCCGGUCUAUGCGCGAUCAGCUCGAACACUGGGCGCUAUACCUGCACAUAUCGUACGUCACAUCUGAGCUCUGUCGACCAGCCAUCAGUCCAGCCACUGUCAAUCUCGAUCUCUCCAAGACUCUGCGCAAGACAUGCAUCGACAGCCUUACCAACACUGUCGAAGCCUUCCUCGGUUUGCAAAACAUGACGCCAUUCGCAACUCGUUCCUGGUCCGCUGUGCAUCGUUCCCUGAGUUCUGCUCUGCUCCUCGGUAUUCUUGGCGAACACAACCGCAACGAACGAGCGCGCAGUUUGUUGCAGAACGUGAUUCAAGUUCUUACGGAUGUCACAAAGGACGUCGACCCCGCGGAGCUUGCCACGCCCAUUACACGGUCCGUCUCGGCUUUGGAGCGGCUGCUGAGGAUCACCACAACACACAACCGGAAGGCGAGUGAAGCGGGCUCACAGGCUUCCCCCACGAUGCACGUCUUUACUGCACAGGACAUCAACAACGCCCUCAACGGGGACGCUGAGAACAUGUUCUCGCAAUCACCACUGCUCGGACUGGACCUUGACUCCUCACCGUAUGCACUUAUGGAGAGCAUCGUGUGGGGUGCGCAGAAAUCGCCGUGA